AUGUCUUCUGGUGGAGGAGGAAGUGGCGGAGCAGGAGAUCACCAUGGCGUCUACCACCAGCAUGGCUACGGCCACCUCGCCCGCGCCGACGCCGACGCCGGCGCCGGCGCCGAGUACGUGUUCCACAGCAGCAACGACAUGGAGAGCUUCUUCUUCAAUCAGCCGGCGUCGUCGGCGGGCGUCGAUGGAUCAGGCAGCAGAGCUGGCGCCGCCGACGAGCUCAUGCCGCCGUACUCCAGCAUCACCGACUACCUACAGGGGUUCCUGCAGGACCCCUCCGGGCUAGCUCGGCACCUGGACGCGCCGUGCCCGGCGGAGGACGCCCCGAUCAAGCACGAGCUGUCUGUGGAUGUGAGCCACGAUAGCCAGGGCACCAGCGGCGCGCCAGGAGAAGGGGCGGCGAUGCUCACGCCGAACUCGUCGGUGUCUCUCUCGUCAAGCGACCGGGAGGGGGAGGGCGGCCAGCCUCGUCGGUGCAAGAAGGGCAGGCCGAAUGCUGAGGAUGCGGAGGGGGAUGAGAAAGAGCAGGAAGAUGGGGAGAAUUCCACCAAAGCGAACAAAUCCAAGAAGAAGGCUGAGAAGAGGCAGAGGCAGCCUCGUGUUGCCUUCCUCACCAAGAGCGAGGUGGAUCACCUUGAGGACGGCUACCGGUGGCGCAAAUAUGGGCAGAAGGCGGUCAAGAACAGUCCUUACCCAAGGAGCUACUACCGGUGCACGACGCCCAAGUGCGGCGUGAAGAAGCGCGUGGAGCGGUCGUACCAGGACCCGUCGACGGUGAUCACCACGUACGAGGGGCAGCACACGCACCACAGCCCCGCCAGCCUCCGCGCCGGCGGCGCGCAUCUCUUCAUGCCAAACGCGUACGGGCUGCCGCCGCACCACCUGAUGCCGUCCAGCUUCCGCCCUGACCUGAUGAGCAUGAUGCACCCCGCCAUGGGCGCAAACCCUAACAUGUUCCUGCCAAGUAUGCCUCCUCCUCAUAUGUCAACACCAUCUCCUGCUCCUCCUCUUCAGCAACACCACUUCACUGACUACGCCCUCUUGCAAGACCUGUUCCCUUCCACAAUGCCCAACAACCCAUAA